UCCAUUAUCGUUUAUUUCAGACCGCAAGAACAGAGCGGAUCCAGCCCCCAAAUCCAAAAAUGUACCUAACGCCACCCAAUCGCAUUUCUUCCCCUCCUCCCUUUCUCCCUUCGAUUUCUCGAAAUACCUUCACCCGGUUCUUAAGCCCGAGUUUGAAAUCACUUGACCAAACUCGGCCGACUCGGUUAUGCAAAGCGAGUCUGAUCACCAGUCCUGAUUCGUUCGAAGUUGGUCGACUUAUUGGCAACUACGGCUUCAUGAAUAUUACGAGCUAUUCAGGGUUUCAAUCCAGUCCAGACAGUGAAUAUUCAUCAGAAGAUAUUGGGCGAUGGACACUUCAAGAUGUUGGAGAAGGCAGUGUAAAGAUCAGGCUUUAUGAAGGAAGAGUAGCCCAGGGUCCUCUUAAAGGGACUUCAGUUAUUUUCAAGGUUUAUCCUGGAAGACGAGCUGCUGGUAUUGAGGCUGAUAUGAUGGCUGCAAAUGAACUUAAUACUCAUGCGUUCCUCCAGAGCAGUUCCAAAGGUGUGUGCCAGAAUCUCCUGAUACUUGUUGGUGGAUUUGAGACACAAACUGGGGAGCAGUGGCUUGCUUUUCGUAAUGAUGGAAAAUAUAGUGCUGCUGACUAUGCUAAAGUUACGGGCGAAAAAUUGUCAAAACGUUUACAAGAAAUGACUUGGAAUAAGUUUGAACAAGAGGAAACAAAUAAGCGCAAGAGAUUUUUUGUUAUUAAAGUACUUUGUGGAGCUAUAAGUGGUCUAGCCUACAUGCACAAUCAUGACAGGUUACACCAGAGUCUUGGACCAUCUUCUGUUGUUCUUAAUACAAUCGUGGAAAGAGAUGCUGUCUAUUUAGUUCCACGACUUCGAGAUCUAGCCUUUUCUGUUGACAUUAGGUUUUCAAAUUUAGAAGGUCCUGGAACAUUAUCUGAGGGGCUUUGGAGAAGGGCAUCUGCUUCUGGUGCCUUCACACCAAUGGAGAAAAGAGCCUUUGGGAUUGCAGAUGACAUAUAUGAAGCUGGUCUUUUUUUUGCAUACUUGGCUUUCGUUCCAUUUUGUGAAGCAGGGGUCAUCGACAGUCUUUCUCUGCAAAGGCUUUUGGAGAGCACUUUCCGACUUGAUCUUGAGGCUACAAGAGAGUAUUGUUUAGCAGAUGAUCGCAUGUUAGAAGCUGUCAAAUUUCUAGAUCUUGGGGAUGGAGCUGGUUGGGAACUACUUCAGGCUAUGCUAAAUCCUGACUUCCGAAAGCGACCAAUUGCAGAAGCUGUACUCAAUCAUCGAUUCAUGACUGGUGCUGUUCUUUGAGCUUGAAGUACUGAAGGGAAAAUACUUUUGUAUACAUUUGUAUCAUAUGAAUACAGUAUUUGUUUGCUGUUACAUUUUAUUUUUAUUCGGAGUAGGAGCAAAGAUCCACAAUAAUGAGUGAGAUUGAAUUGUCUGCA